AUGGACUUUGUCAAGAACCUCGCCAGCGGUGGCGGCAGCAACGCCAACAACAACAACAACAACGGCAACAAUAGCUCCGGCAAUCAGCCGCAGCACUCCGGCGGUGGCGACGGCGGCGCAGGCAGCUCCGGCGGCGGCCUCAUGGACAAGUUCAACAACCUUGCGGGCGGGGGCAAGCAGGGAGAGGCCAACGAGGACAGCCUCGACAAGGCUGUCGACUUCGUUCAAGAAAAAUUUCUCGGGAAGGGCGAUCAGAGCAACGAGUCCGCCGCCGAACAGGCCAAAGACGAGGCUAUAUCCGAUUUCAUUCGCGACAAGUACAAGGGCGUGACAGGCGGUGAUUUCCCCAUUCAAGACAAGGACAGGAAGCCGGGGUUUUGA